AUGCUUGCCCUUCCCCGUGUUCCUAAGACACCCACUACCACCUCUACCUCUUCCUCCCGCCGCGCCUCUUCAGCUGCCUCCUCAGAACAUUCCACCGUUUCCACCGCAACGACCCUCAAAAGCUCCAUCAAAGCCAGCAAGAAGUUCUUCUCAAAAGCCUUCGAACCCAAAUACAUUAACUCGAUCGACGAGAACUUGGCCCAGCGAGCCAUUCACAACGAGGCCACCGCUACUUACUUCAGCCUGCGCUGA